AUGGCCGAGGAGCAGAAGUGGCCCGCGGCCAAGGUCCGCGAGACCUUCAUCAAGUUCUUCGAGGAGAGGGGCCACACCGUCGUCCCCUCCUCGUCCGUUGUCCCCCACAACGACCCGACCCUGCUGUUCACCAAUGCCGGCAUGAACCAGUUCAAGUCCAUCUUCCUCGGCACCAUCGCCCAGUCCGAUCCCAUGUACGGCCUGAAGCGCGCCACCGAUACACAGAAGGUUAUUCGUGCCGGUGGCAAGGCCAGUGAUCUUGAGGAUGUCGGCCACGACAGCUACCACCACUCUUUCUUCGAGAUGUUGGGCAACUGGUCGUUCGGUCCGCAGGACUACUUCAAGAAGGACGCCAUCAAGUACAGCUGGGAGUUCAUGACCGAGACCCUGGGCCUCGAGAAGGACCGACUAUACGUGACAUACUUUGAGGGCGACCCCGCACAAGGACUCGAGCCCGAUCUGGAGUCAAAGGAGCUGUGGAAGUCCGUCGGUGUGCCAGAGUCUCACAUCCUGCCCGGCUCAAAAGCAGACAACUGGUGGUCCAUGGGCGAUACCGGCCCAUGCGGCCCCUGCUCUGAGCUGCACUACGACAAGAUUGGCGGCCGUGAUGUCGCCCACCUUGUCAACAAGGACGACCCCAUGGUUGUUGAGCUCUGGAACAACGUUUGGAUGGCCUACGACCGUAGAGCCGACCAAUCCCUUACCCCUCUCCCCGCCCAACACGUCGAUACCGGCAUGGGUUUUGAGCGUCUUGUUGCCGCUCUGCAGGACGUCUCUUCCAAUUAUGCCACCGAUAUCUGGAGCCCAUACUUCAGGAAGAUUCAAGAGGUGACCGGCACAAGGCCCUACACCGACAAGUACGGUGCCGAGGACCCGGAGACCAUCGACACCGCCUACAGAGCGUGCGCGGAUCACAUCCGAAUGCUCGGUUUCGCCAUCGCUGAUGGUGCUGUUCCCAACAACGAGGGCCGAGGUUACGUCGUCCGCCGCGUGCUCAGGAGAGGUGCGCGCUAUGCUCGCAAGUACCUGAAUGCCGAGAUCGGAACCUUCUUCUCUCGCGUCCUGCCCACCCUGAUCGAUGAGAUGGGCCAGCAGUUCCCCGAGCUCGUCAAGAAGCAGUACGACAUCAAGGAGAUCCUUGACGAGGAAGAGGAGGCUUUUGCCAAGACUCUCGACCGUGGCGAGGCGCAAUUCCAGAAGUUCGCUGGCGCUGCGGAAAAGAAGGGCCUCAAGAAGCUGUCUGGCGCUGAGGUUUGGAAGCUCUACGAUACGUAUGGUUUCCCUGUGGACCUCACCCAGCUCAUGGCUGAGGAGCGCGGCCUCCAGAUCGAUGACGAAGAGGUCAAGGUUGCUCAAGAGAAGGCCCGCGAGGCCAGCAAGAGCGUCAAGUCUGCGAUCGAGACGUUCCCCAAGCUGGAUGUCCACGGCAUCGCUGAGCUGGAGCAGCAGCACCAGAUUGCGAGGACCAACGACGCCGACAAGUAUGUCAAGGGCGACUCCAAGGGCAAGGUUCAGCUGAUCUUCGACGGCAAGGGCUUCGUCAAGUCUACCAAAGAUAUCGCCGAGAACACUCCCAUCAGCGUGAUUCUCGACAAGACCAACUUUUACGCCGAAGCCGGUGGCCAGGUCGCUGAUACGGGCCGACUCGUCAUUGACGAGUCUGUUGAGUUCAAGGUUCUCGACGUCCAGAGCUACGGAGGCUACAUCCUUCACCACGGCUACAUCGAGUCUGGCACUCUUUCUUCCGGAGACGAGGUUAUCUGCGAGUAUGACGAGCUGCGCCGAUCCCCUAUCAGGAACAACCACACGGGCACUCACAUUCUGAACCACGCCCUGCGCGAGGUGCUGGGCGAAGAUGUCAAUCAGAAGGGCUCCCUCGUCGACGACGGCAAGCUUCGCUUCGAUUUCUCACACAAGAAGGGUGUCGAAAUCCCGGAACUCAAGAAGAUUGAGGAGCUCUCCAACGAGUACAUCCGCAAGAACCAGAAGGUCUACGCCGAGGAUGUCGAGCUGGAGAAGGCGCGCGAGAUUGACACCCUUCGCGCCGUCUUUGGCGAGACCUACCCCAACCCGGUCCGCGUCGUGUCUGUUGGCGUGCCCGUCAAGGACCUUCUCGAGAACCCGAAGAAGCCCGAGUGGCGCAAUAUCAGCGUCGAGUUCUGCGGUGGCACCCACGUCGAGCAGACGGGCCACAUCAAGGACCUCGUCAUUGUGGAGGAGAGCGGUAUCGCCAAGGGCAUCCGCCGUAUCAUCGCCUUCACCGGCGAUGCCGCGCACCAGGUUCAGCGCGAGGCUACCGAGCUGGCCAGGCAGCUCGACAUUGUCGAGGCCCUCCCCUACAGCCCUGAGAAGGAGAAGGAGGUGAAGGAGGUGCAGCAGGCGCUCAGCAAGGCGACCAUAUCGACGCUGACCAAGGACGAGCUCAAGAAGAAGCUUGACAAGAUGGUCAAGGCCAUCACGGACGAGCAGAAGAAGCGCCAAAAGGCCGAGGCCAAGACGGCGCUGGACACUGUCCAGAAGUACUUUACCGAGAACCCUGACGCCAAGGCCUACGUCGGCCAGCUCCCCAUCUCGGCCAACACGAAGGCGCUCACCGAGACGAUCAAGCACUACUCGACCAAGGACAAGGAGCGUUCCGUGUACCUGUUUGGCGGCGGCAAGGAGGAGAACGCCGUGGUGCACGGUGUCUACGUUGGCACGCAUCUCGCGUCCAAGGGCGUCACCGCCGAGGCGUGGGCCUCGACCGUCAGCGACAUCGUCGGUGGCAAGUCGGGCGGCAAGGAGCCCACGCGCCAGGGCCAGGGCACGAAGCCCGAGGCGACGGACGACGGUGUCAAGGCUGCGACGAAGUGGCUGGAGGAGAAGCUGAAGCUGUAG